GCAGGUGGAACUGACUACUUUGGUUCAACAUUGAAACCUACAUUGGAAAUCCUGCAGUUCUGUUACCAAAUCACUUGCACAACUACGAGGGUUGAUCAAAAAGUUAGUACUGUAUACUAUGACUUCUUAUAUCACUGCCCAAAGAAAUGUAAAUUGUUAUAUUCAUUAAUUAGAGCACGUGACACCCCGUGAAAAUCAACAGGUGUGAGCAAAAUCACAAAAUGGAAGCAGUAGAAGCUCGUGCUGUGAUAAAGUACCUCCAUAAAAAGGGGAUGACUCCCAAGGAAAUCCAUGAAGACAUGAUGAAGACAUUUGGUGAUGACUGCCCUUCUUAUUCCACUGUAAAGAAGUGGGCUGCCAGCUUCAAGCGCGGCAAGGAGAGCUUUAGAGAUGAACCCAGGUCGGGACGUCCCAAAACAGGCACCAGUGACGAUCAAGUAGAGGCCAUCCAUCGCAUGGUAGUGAAGGACAGACGUGUGACCGUCCGACAUGUAGCAAAGUCUUUGGGCAUAAGUUUUGGCUCAGUUCACAGAGUUUUGACGGACAACUUGGGGAUGAGCAAAGUGUCUGCAAGGUGGGUGCCUAGAAUGCUGUCUGCACUUCAGAAGUUGAACAGGUUGGAGAUGUCAAGGGCACUGUUGGCCCGAUUUCAGUCCGAUCCAGACAAUUUCCUCAAAAGAUUUGUCACCCAGGAUGAGACAUGGAUUCACCACGUUGACCCUGAAUCGAAACAACAGAGCAAACAAGUGUCAUCUGUUGGCAAGGUCAUGGCCUCUGUGUUCUGGGACAGUGAGGGGGUCAUCAUGAUUGACUACCUGCAAAGGGGUAAAACCAUCAAUGCUGAACACUAUGCGGCAAAAUUGCGACAGUUAAAGGCAGCGAUUGAAGAGAAAAGGAGUGGAAAGCUAGAAGCUGGCGUGUUGUUGCUUCAGGGCAGUGCAGCUGUCCACACAGCACAGGUGUCAGUGGCUGCAGCAAACGAAUGCGGCUUUGAACUGUUACCUCACCCCUCCUAUUCACCUGACCUAGCACCGUCGGACUUCUACCUCUUUCCUAAGCUAACGUCCCACUUGCAUGGCAAACGUUUUGAUGGCGAUGAUGCCGUCAUCAAUGCAGUUGAGGCAUACUUGGGGGCUCAAGAUGCAAGCUUCUUCCACCAGGGGAUAGCAAUGCUGGAACAGCGCUGGACCAAGUGCAUUGAAGUCAGAGGGGACUAUGUUGAAAAAUAGUGUAAGGAAAAUUUUUCUGCCAGGACGAGGCCAAGAACUUUUGGUUCAACGGUUUCAACCCUCGUACUACUAUUUUAGUAUCAUUAUCUUCAAGCUGUCUCUGUCAGUCAUAGUAGUAAUUUGACUGCUGAAUACAAUGUAUUUAACUUUUCUAGUCAUUGUGUGUAAUGUUAUAUGAAGGUCACUAGCUCUGAGUUAUCACCAACUUAGGACGGAAUACUCCAUUCUUGAUGUCAUGACACAAUCAUGCCCACAUUCACUAAUACAUGUACAAGUACUAGUAGAUAGGAAAAACAUGAAAGAUAGUUUUUAAGGGGUAUAUAAUAUAAAUUUAAGGGUCAAAUACUGAGCAGAUGAAAAAUUAUACCACCUCCAUCCAAGAAAAGUUAGAAGUAUUGUCAAUUUUACAAUAAUUGUACACUAAUAAUUGUGAACUGUAUACAGAAAUAAGUGCAAAAAAUGUUAGUAGUUAUUGAUGUAAUUAAUAUACUAGUAAUUGAAAAAAAAGAUGUACUUAACUCAUCAAAACCUUGCAAAUGAAUAUUUAGCCUAACUUUUUGUAUGUAAUACUGUUUAAUGUUGACAUGUUUUCGUGAUUAAUCAUAGUAGUUAUAUAGAAGUGGAUGUAAAUAGCAGUUAAUAAUAUGAUGUAUUUUAUAAUGUGUGUCUCCAGGAAGAGUUGUGGUGUGUUAUGUAUGUCACUAAAUUCCUUAAACAAACAAGAUGUGAAUGAUUGACCAAUAGUUUCUCUGUGCUGUUGCUCGGCUUGCCUAAGUUGUGUGAGACCCACCUGGUAAAUAUUGUGUAAAUGAUAAUGUGGACUGUUUUACUUUAAUUUCCAAUAAUUUCAGGUGAGUUGCAAACUCUAGUACAUCAUUGUGAAAGAAAGGAGUGACAGAUAACAAUGCUGUAGAUCUAAUCACCUUUAUCCAACUUUAUUACCUCCAUGAAAAAUGGAGGUAUAGUUUUUGGCG